CGGCUUUCCUUUUGUCGCCGGACCAGGUAGAUGGCACUGCUUGUUGUGUUUUUGUUCCCUGUUUUCUGGGUGUCUUGGUUGGUUGGCGAAUGGCUGUUUGGCUCAAUUGUGUUGUUUGCGUGUUUGUUUGUGUGUUUCCCUUUCGUCGAUCCGAUCGACGCGAUGCGUGCAUGCAGCGCGACUGUGUGUGUGUGUGUGCGAACGUCAUAGAUGCAGCCGGACAGACAAACAGAUCCUGAGAGGCAAUUGUUGUCGGAGCGUCCUGGGGGCCGUGUGGGGGCGUCUCUGAGACGGCGGUGUCGGGCCUCUGUGCCUUUCACCCUGGCUUGCUGAUGGUGCUGUGUGCUGCGGUUGAAGGCCUUCUGCUUCAGCUGUUGAUCCUCCUGGCCAUUCCUUGGCACAGCCAUUGCAGCUUUUUUCGGGAUGACGUGUUGACGACGAACGCCACUUGGCCCAGGGAGUCAGAUCCUCCCCCCCUUGACCCAUGCCACAAUCCCACUAUGGAGUAAGGCAGGAACUCCAUGCGCAGGGCCACGACACUGCUCGUCUGUUUUGUUUGUUUCUUUGCCUUGUUCCUCGGUCGGUCGGUCGGUCGGUCUGCAGGACGUUCUCGUACUUUGUGACGCGGGACCUGGUGCUCCGUUGUGAUGUGCGCCGCACACACGAACCGGGGCCACCUUCACGCAGCCAGACGGGCCAAACUCUCUCUCUCUCUCUCUCUCUCUGUGUGUGUGUGUGUGUACGUAUGUGUGUGCCUGUGCCUGUGUGUGUGUGUUCCAUGGAUGCAUCCAUCACACAGGUCGAGGUACUGCGCGAUUGGCAGAGCCGACUUGUCAGUAGCCGUCUCGCAGGCAAGGAGGUGGUGGAGCUCGGUAUGGCGGUGGUGGUGUCCGAAAAGUUCGGUGGAGCAGUGGGCCUCACACCGGUGUCGAUCGGCGGCACGCGCCUGUAUACCGGACAAACCAGGACGAAGACAGAACUGUACUCAAAUGGAGGAUGCAUGAUCAACAUGUAAGUACGUCUAUCUCUCUCAGGGCUGCUCUUCCUCGUGAAGACGUGGGUGAAUGCCAUGGUGUGUGUGCGGGCGUGUGUGUGCGCAGGGUGGUUCCCGGCGUGAGUGACGAGGGCGACACGGUUGCCACAGGGACGGAGGUCAUGUUGAUCGUUCUGUCCUUCUUGGACUCACUCGGGUCUACAUGUAGGUGUCUUGUCACUGGGAGAGGUGGAUGGAUGGUUGGCAUGAAUGUCUUCAUGCGUAUGCGUCUGUGUGUGCGUGGACUCACCCAGGGUGCGAUACAGUGCAUCUGUCGGACGAUUCAUCGAACAUGUACCCAGUGCUCCUUCAGCGUUAUGGUCAGCCAUCCAGCCAGCCAGACGACAGUGCCUGUCUACUCGUGUGUGUAUGCAAUGCAGCCUUCUGGUACCACAGUUUCGGCUUCAGAUACCAGCGAGAGGGUGACGAAACGGAUGAAGAGUACCAGCAGGCCUGCCAGAGCAUGGUCGACCUCCUCACAGACACAGACACUGACCUGUACGACUUCCUGGAUCAGCCCCUACUGGAAAAGAAGCUGAAACGGCUGGGUUUCAAAGAGGGCGACGUCAACGCAGCCAUCAAGCCACUGGCGCAGGAGUGUGUCCGCAACAAGGAGCGGACAGCCGCGUCUCCUCCUUCGUCGAAGGGUUCGGCCUUUCUGCGACUGAAAGCACGAUUGCAUCCAAAGUACCCAACAGGUAAGUAUGCGUGUCUAUGUGCGUUCGUGUGUGUGUAUGUGUGGGCCCACCCCACUAUGUCUGUAUGCUUUUAGGCAGCAUCGCUCACCAGGACAUGUGUUUCGUGCAAGCGCUCGGCGAGCUGUAUGAGCAGAGAGCAGAGAGAGAGCCCACGGUGGGCACCUCCAAGGUUGAGUCAGCACUUGGAGUUUUGCUCGACAGCCUGCCAUCCGAGGCGAAAGACUGCCUAGCCGCUCCGGAGGCUGUCCGGCAAAGGGGAGAUACCAAACAGUACAUUCUUAACGAGAUCAUACAGACCGCAGGUAGAGCAGCGUUUAUCGCACAUGUAUGCAUGUAUCGGUUUGUCUGUCUGUCUGCAUGUCGCGAUCGGCCGAUCCAUCCAUGCAUUCGGCCGUGCAUGGCAUGCAACUGCUUAUCUGCUGCAGACGAGCCCAUUUACCUGACAGCGGCGGGAGAGAAGGGGAGCACGAGCGAGGACGAACGCACUCGAGCAAGGGAUCGUGAGCGAAGGAGGAAAAGACGUGACAGGCAAGCAGACACACACACACGAGAGACAGACACACGGACAGGUUGACGGGCAGAGACAGACAGACAGACAGACAGACAAGUCGUAGGUCACACAGACGGACAUUUAUGCGCACACGCGUCCACUCUCUGUGUGUCUCCCCCGAUCUCCUCUGUGCCCUACCAGAGAAACCCGAGGGCGAGACCGGAGCCCUCUGGGUGCGCGUGACCUAAGUCCGAUAGGCGAAGCUCCGAGAAGGAGCUCCAGACAUCGACGAGACAGAGACAGAGACUGAGAAACAACUACGCAGACAGUGACACAGACACACAGACAUCUGGCUGCAUGCCGAAGGGGUGCGAAUGCCGGUGGGACACGGUUAAGUGACUGUACAUGCAUCCUUAGAUUGAGCAAAUCAUCGUUUGAGCAAGUCCAAC